AUGCAGUCUCUCGACCGCUACCUGGGAAUAGCUCUCAGCGGAAGCUACUUGUCGUACUGCCUUAUCGUGAAGGAUGUGUUGCGCAAGGCAGGCUCCGUAUCGUUGCGUUGCUCGUCUGUGCAGCAUCCUAGCAGGAUCGCUGAGGCGUUCAAGAUGCUUCGCAGCAGCAUGACUCCAUCAGAAACACCUGGCAGCACAUCGCCUGUGUGUUUCGUGGGCAUGCGUGGCGAUAAUGUCACUCCGCGCUCCGAGUUGGCUGCACGCCGGGCCUACAAUCGGUGUCGAGUCCGCACCAUCGUCGAGUGCCAGUCCGACGCUAUUUUCGGAAACAAACCCGUUAUCUUCAAAGAGCGCGAGCUUUACGCGACGAUGGGUCGCAUCACUAACGAGAAAAUCAUGGGCACCACGUGCCUCGUCAAGUGCGCAAGAAAACGGUUCACUAGCUUGCUGUCUGUGGAUGCUGCGCAGUUCAGCGGUAUCGCAGUGGCGUGGGCCACAGCCGUGUGCCUUAAGCGCCGUAUGGAGAUCGAGUCCAUGAAGCUGGACGAGAGUUUCAUGCAGUCCGUAGAGUCAAGGGUGAAGCGCGACCGUAUAGUGGCCGAGCUGGUCGCUACGCUGGAGAAGAACAAGGACGCCGCCGCAGCGUCCGACCUCCAGGAGGCACUCCGGAGCCGCAUCAGUUCACUGGUAGACAAGCAUUUGGACAAAUUAGUGUAA